GUUUCUUGAUCGUGGGUAAUUCGUCUUUUAAUUUUGGAGAUUGAACUGUCUCGACCACUCAGAGUUAUAUUUCGAGUGUGAUUUUGACACUGACGAUUGAUCGAUCGACUGGAAAUGGCAAAAGUCAUUAGGAAGAGGAAAAUCACGUCUCGAGAAGAGCUGGAAAAGCUUGAUAAAAAUGAGUUGAUCGACAGACUUUUGUCGCUGGAAGCUCACAACCAGCAACUCAAAAAUGUUAUUCUCAAGAGUGAAAAAGGAAAAGACAGUCCAGUAAGCAAAGAAAUCCCACCAGGACAAAGAAAGUUUGAUUUCACAAAAUGCCAUAAACGACACAUUUUUAUGAAACUAUAUUACUUAGGAUGGGAUUACCAAGGGUUUGCCACUCAAGAAGAUUCCCCAAUGACCAUUGAACAUCAUUUGUUUUCUGCAUUGACAAGAGCCUGCCUCAUAGCAGAUAGAGAAAGUUCUAAUUAUCACCGAUGUGGUCGAACUGACAAAGGUGUAAGCGCAUUCUCACAAGUGAUAUCAAUAGAUAUAAGAAGCAAACUUGAACCAUCAGAACAAGACAAAUUGGAUCAGGAAAUAAAAUAUUGUAAACUUCUUAACAAAAUUUUACCCAAAAAUAUUCGUAUAAUAUCCUGGUCACCUGCAGAUCCUGAAAUAUCUGCAAGAUUUGAUUGUAAAUGUAGAAGCUACAAGUAUUUCUUCCCCAGAGGAAAUCUAGAUAUAGAUGCAAUGAACCAAGCUGCAAAAUAUAUUAUUGGUAGUCAUGACUUUAGAAAUUUAUGUAAAAUGGAUGUGGCCAAUGGUGUUACUAGUUUUAUUAGAAAUGUCAAAGAUGCUUCUGUAACUUGUAUAGAUAGCGGAGAAAAAAAAGUAUCAGGUUAUGAUAUGUGUGAAUUAUCUAUUAAAAGCAAUGCUUUUCUCUGGCAUCAAAUCAGAUGCAUAAUGGGAAUUUUACUUUUAAUAGGAGAAAGGAAUGAAAAACCAGAAGUAAUUAAAGAACUACUGGAUGUGGAAAAAUGUCAAAGAAAACCUCAAUAUUGUUUAGGACAUUAUAUACCAUUAAAUUUAUUCUCUGUUGAAUAUGAUAAUACAAAUUGGUAUAUUGACACAGAGGAAUUUGAAAAAGUAAUAAAAGAUCUUCAAGAAGAGUGGGGUGAGGCAGAAAUAAAGGCAACAAUGAUGAAAUCUAUGCUGAAAGAUUUAACAUCAUCACUUGGUACAGACGAAGAAACUGUUUGUCAACAAAGUGGUUGGUUAUUACAAGGAGUAAAGUCAAAGAUUUAUCGUCCACUAAUGGAACGUGAUACUUGCGAGAGUUUAGAAGAAAGGAUCGAUCAUUACACAAAAAAACAGAGAUUAGAAAAAACGAGUUAACAUUGUAGCAUCUGCUGUUCUCUUAUUUUAAAAUUGUACAUAUGCAUAUAUUGUAUGUAAUUACGAAAAAUGAGAGUACUUGUGACUACAAGAAGAAUUAUAGUGAAACAGAAUUAUGUUUUUUUAGUUUUAACUGUAAAUAUACAAAGUGUCAUAGGAUGCUUAUUAGAAAAUUAAUUUCUAUACUAAAAAUGUAUUUGUUAUUGCGACAUUAUGUUAUAAUGUACAUAAUAUUUCCUUGUAAAUAGUUACGGAAACCCCGUUUUCAAUACAUGUCGUAGCUCAUUUUUGUUACUUUUCGAAAGAAGCGCUGGCUACGCUUUUCAAUUGAUGUAAAAAUAUAAAAUUACAAAG